CCAUUUCAAUCGGCAUGAAAGCGCGUGGAUGCAGGUGGCGACGGAGAUGAAGGAGACGACGGCCAUCGUGGGACUUGAGGUGGUUCCCGGCCCAUGGGAGGUUGCCUCAUCUCCCUCGGAAUCCGCACACUCGAGGACGAGGGCUACCGCGAGGCCGUAGAUGACGAGAUCUUAACCCGCUGUCGCCUCAAGGUCUGUCGGGAGGAAGAGGACAGGGAGGCCGUCGAGAAGCGCCUCGGAUUUGACCAGGUCGAGGAGCUCAUCGAGGAAGCCCUUGAAAAUCUCAACCUCAUCUACAUGAUGAUCGAGUGGGAGCCAUGGCAUGUUCCUGAAGACUAUGAAUAUGAAGUCAUUAAAGUCGACACUGUUUCCCAAACAUGUCUCUUGACACUGACCUUGUUAACUCCUAAUGGAGUUCUUCAAGACGGUAGGGGCAGUCUUUCAAUCAAAGGUUUAAACCUCUGGCUCAGUCAUCUCAAGUUAUGUUUGUCUCAAGAGCUCUUAUCACUUGAGACCAGGGAUGGGAGGUUGAUUUGGAAUCAAGUGCGCAUUAUCCACCAAGUAUUGGACCUGUGUGAUUUGAUUCGACUGGGACUGUACUUGAGCGGUGUAUAUGGAGACCUGAGCCUGGGUCUCAGCCAGCUCACGUUGGGCGACGCUGAUCUCCCUCUGCAGCAUCGAUAUCACCCCAACACUCCCAUAAACUGGAUCUUGCACACGCCAGUAGGCCUCCAAUGCAAUAGCAUCUGCAGCUUGUCUUCUUUGCUCCACUGGAAUUUGCUGCAAGAUAUUUAUGCACACUGAUGCGAGAUAUUUUUUCAUAUGUUCCAGAUCCAGAGAAGGGCACAUGAACUAGUGAUUGUGAUUAUAGCAAGAAUGCAGAAAGAACAAGAACCUGCAACAUUCGAGCGACAUUGCUGGCGCCAAAGAUCCUAUGAACACAGGCAAAUCUUUCGGGGUUGGCGGAGGGGAAGUAGGGGGCUAACACACAAUCGUCGCAGCAUCUCCUCCUCAGGUAUCGACAAGCAGCACAUCGAGUGGAAUUGGACAUUACUGUGGUUGCUGCUGGACUCUUCUUAGAUUCUCCCAAGGUUUCAGUGAUGGAAAGUGCAACGGCUAAUGGUUUAAACGGAGGUGAGGAGAAAAUGGCAUGCAUGGAGAGAUGAAGGUAUGAGCAAGCGUGUCAAUCUUGUCAAAUAUGUUUCAUGUCAACCGUUACAUUUGAUACCGUGGUGAAACGAGAUCCGUACAAUACUUGGAGAACAGUGUCAUGACCCCUGUAUUUCUACCUUAAAUAAAUUUAGAGAGAUAAAUACAAUAUAUUUUAUCAAUUUCUCAUAAA